UCAGAAGAGCAUCACUACGGAUACCCCUUAUCUAUAUACCUUCAUAUAUAUAACAAGUACACAAGAUAACUACAAAAAAUCAAGAAUCGAGCAUGGCUCUCAUUGCAACACUCAAUUUCAACCUAAACCCUGCACCUCCAAAGCAACUCCUCCAUCCUCACCAUCGUCUAAUUCCGAUUUCAUUGCAUUUAAUUUUUGGCGCCCAACAUCAAAAAGAUUACCCUUCUCUCAAUGCCGUAGCCAGAAGAGCAGAAGUUCGCUGCUGCUCAUUGUCUGAGACUGCAACGACAAUUCUGUGGUCAGAUGUUCAGGUCAAGAAGCAGCACAAGAGAAUCACAAAAUGGAGCUUGCAAGACUUAACAGCAGCCGGGCUCGUCCUGGCAAUGCAUGUGAUCUGCCUGUUCGCGCCGUGGACAUUCAGCUGGCGAGCUCUGUGGACUGCAGUAUCGCUCUACGCCAUUACUGGACUCUUCGGCAUCACACUAUCAUACCACAGAAAUCUAAGCCAUAAGAGUUUCAAGUUGCCAAAAUGGCUAGAAUACAUGUUUGCUUACUUCGGUGCGCAAGCACUGCAGGGCACCCCAAUGGAUUGGGUCAGCACACAUAGAUACCACCACCAGUACUGCGACACUGACCGGGACCCACACAGCCCCGUCGACGGUUUCUGGUUUAGUCACAUGAAUUGGUUCUUUGACGCUGAUUCUCUCGUUCAAAGGUGUGGGGGAACCGAUAAUGUUGGAGAUUUAGCAAAGCAGCCAUUCUAUAGAUUCCUUCAGCGUACUUACGUCGCACACCCGAUAGCAUUGGCUAUCUUGCUCUAUGCAGUAGGAGGCUUCCCUUAUCUUGUUUGGGGCAUGGGUGUGAGGAUUGUGUGGGUAUACCACAUUACAUGGCUAGUCAACUCGGCAUGCCAUGUUUGGGGCUACCAGUCAUGGAACACUAAUGAUUUGUCGAGGAACAACUGGUGGGUGGCUUUAUUGGCAUUUGGAGAGGGGUGGCAUAACAACCAUCAUGCAUUUGAGUACUCAGCCCGCCACGGCUUAGAGUGGUGGGAAGUGGAUAUGACUUGGUAUGUUGUGAAACUGCUCGAAACGCUUGGCUUAGCUACCGAUGUGAGGUUGCCUUCGAAAGCUAGCACGCAGAGGAUGUCCUUUAAUGGCCAAUGAGAACAAUGCAAAAGAUCCAGUUGAGUACAAUUUCAAGGCAAGAGUUUUAUUGGGGCUAAUGAGGCCUAAAAGAUGAAUAAAAAGUACAAUUACAAGGCAAGAAAGAUAUUACAGAAUGUUAAAAUUAUAGAGAGGGUUGAUAACAGAACAAGGUAAAAGGAAGAGGGGAAAACCACCAUCCGAUGAGUGAUGAAGUUUUGCGUUACCGUGCUUGGAAGAAAAAAUUUCUGGUUUCUUUGAUGCCAGACUAACCAGAUGAUGGUUAUAGCGGCUGCAAUUUUGGCAAGAGUAGUCAAAAACGGGUACUUUAAGAUUCUAGAGCAUUAACCAUCUCUAUGCGAUAUCCUGUGUUGUAGCUUAUUCAAUGAUUAUUCCUGUUCAAUUUUUUUGCCUGUGUUGUAGCUUAUUCAAUGAUUCUUCCUGUUCAAUUUUUUUGCCUUA